GUGUCACUUCCCAACGAAAAGUGACACGACCAUUUCCGAGAAGGGAAGUAAGUCCAUCAAAACAUAGUGACGUCAGAAGAUAAAAGCAGAACAACAGAAGGAAGGAAAAAUUCAAGCAAGAUGGCGUACUAUCAAACCAGACCGAACAACAACAACGGAUUGUUUUCCCCUGCAGUAUUCAAAUUUGAUCAUUUGGAAUCCACCGUUCAGACACAUUUGAAGAAUGUGUACAGCACCCUGUCAAUUGGUGUGCUGGCAGCCGCAGCAGGUGCCUACGUUCACACUUUCACAGGUGCAGGAGAGUGGCACUUCUUGACUAUGCUUGCCUCUCUGGGUCUGAUGGGUUGGCUUGCAUCCACCAGACAUGCCAAAGAAGAGGUCAGCAAGAGAUUGGCCAUCUUUGUAGGGUUCGCCUUGUGUAGUGGUAUCUCUUUGGGUCCUCUUUUGCAAAUGGUGGUCAGCCUUGAGCCAACCAUUGUCACCACUGCGCUUGCAGGCACUGCAGUAAUUUUCAUCAGCUUCACAAUGGCAGCUCUGCUCAGUCGCAACAGAAUGUUCCUGUAUAUGGGAGGUUUUCUCAUGUCUGCUUUGAUGUGGCUUUCCAUUGCCAUAUUCCUGAACAUUUUCCUUGGAUCCAAGCUCAUCUUUGAUGUGUACAUCUACGGAGUGCUUUUCAUCUUCUCUGCCUUUGUCUUGUACGACACUCAGCUCAUUGUGGAGAAGAGGCGCAUGGGCGAUGACGACUUCAUCUGGCACUCUGUGGAUCUUUUCUUGGAUGCUGUGAACAUCUUCAGAGCUCUGCUGAUUAUCUUGAGCAAAAAAGAAGACAACAAGAAGAGAAGGAGAGAUUGAACGGCUACUCUGUGAAGGGGAGAGGAGUUUGUCAAGCUCAUCAUUCUUCUCCUUUUUUGGCAUGUGCCGUGCACAUUUAGAAGAGAUGUGAGAAGGGACCCCCUCCCACCCCAUGUUCUUCACCUGAUAGCUGUCAUCAUCGUCGGUUUUGUUGUCAGCAGCACUUUGUUGUGCCUGUUCACUCGUUGUUCUCGUCUUGGUGUCUUUGUCCUUUCUUUUUUAAUCGACUCAUACUGCACUCAACUCUGUCCCACGUAGAGCUCGUCUUUUUCUCUCCUCCUGUGUUUUCAUGAACUACAUCCCCUCCGAACAGUGGUUUGAGUUUGUACCAGGAUAGUUUCUGCGCACACUGCUUUGCAUCUUCUCGGUUUAAGAUAUUCUCAUCACUUGUACGAGUUUGACAGGGUACACUUUUUGUUACUAGAAGAGGAGCAAAAACUGCCCAGUCGGUAGAACAUCAGUCAAAUUACUUGAACGAUCCCGAGUUUUUACCCCUUUUGCAAAAUGUAACUAGGAUAUUAUGGUGAUUUUGUUUUGUUUACAUAUUGGCCAUAUUGUGAAGAAAAGGGAUGGAACAUCAGAGUUGUAUUUUGUCGUCAAAAACGUGGCAGUUUGAAUAAGCUCAGAAAAAGAGAAAAACGCUGGAAAAAAAAAUUGAUCUACACAUGAAACGUGAUAUCCAGUAGUAAUGAUUUAUAGGAAAAGUUUUGUUCUCUUGUUUUGUUGAUAACGGUUGUGUACAUAUUUGUGUCAUUGCUUUGUCAAUUUACUACCUAACUUCAGUUGUGCUUUAUUAAAAAGAUAUGUAUUAUGUAUGAUCUUUUCUAUAUCCUUUGUGGUGAUGAUGAUAAUCGUAGAAUUUUUUUUCACGUCAGAUUUUAUUUUCUAAUCAAGAUGAUUCAGGAAGUGAGCAGAGGAAACAUUAUUUAUUCUAAGGGGUGUUUGGAACAAAAUAUUCUUUUGUUCGCCACUUUGCUUUCUCAGUUUCUUCAAACCAUUUUACUUAUACUGGAGUCAUAUCUGUUGCCUUUUCUCCGUUAAGGUCAGACCAUACAGGUAUGGGGACUUUUGUUGUUUCCGGACCUAUAGUACUUUUGGCAUUAUGGCAGAAAAUCCAUGUACGGUACAUGUCAAAGGCCUUCUACAAACGGUAGUUCUUUACUUUUGUAUAUAUUAAGGCUGGCUUAAUUAAACUAGCAGUCUUUGCAUUCUGUGUUUAUGCACAUGCUUAUAAAUAUAUAUGUGUUACCAGGGUCCCAGAAUCAAUUUCUGUUGUGUAUUAAUUUGGCUUAAGAAUUAAUAUUAAAUGCAAGUUAAAAAAGAACAGAACCUUCUUUGAGAUUGGAAGCACAUCUGAUCUUCACACUGUGUUAGAAAACUUGAAUAUUCAUCAGUGGCAUAGGACCCAGUAUUUGUAUGUUUGUGUUGAGACAAGAAGAAUCAAGAUUUGGUUUAAAUAAUAUUCUAUAUCAUGGAAAGAUAGGACUAGGAUAUAUUUUUUAUAUCUUUUUUAUUUUUCAAGAUAUGAGCAUGUCUGAUGUUAAUUAUAACCAAGGAAAGACUUUGUGUCCCAAGUAGUGUAUUUGGUUGGGUUUGUUUUUUUCAAGAAGAGCAAAUGAAUUUUGAUAAUGCUGGUUUCUGAUGAACUCAUAUUCUGCCUAGUUUUCCUGUGACAUCUGUUUGGGUGAAAAUUUGGACUUUGGAAGAAAAAAAAAGCAAUGUUCACUGUCAACUGAUCAAAGAUUUCAGAUGAGCCUAAAAGUUAUGUAAGGAGUGCUGUUCCAUUACACUCUUUUCUUUAAAAAAUGUGGACUUUUUAAAAUGACUUCGCUUUUAGCUUUGCUUUUGUAGGAAAAAGAUAUAUUUCUAGACAAUUAUUAAGGUGAUUUAUUAGUUUCUUGUAUGCAGCAGACUAUUUUUAAAUCUAUUUAUGUAUUAUGUGUCCUCAAGUCAAUUAUAAUAUGACUGACUUGACAUUGUGUUUAUGAUAAAGUUGCUUUUUUUUCGUUAUCAAUAUCAGUAUCAGUAUUUAGCCUUCUGAAGAGACAGCCAGAAAGUUUCGAAAAUAUGUUAGCAUAAUACACAAUUUGUGAAGUUGAGCUCUAUUUGAAUCAAUUGAAACAGCUUCGGUGAAAUUUUGAAAGUACGUCACUUGCCUCUGAUAGUCAUGAAAACUUUCAUGACUAAGAUGGCUUAAGAUUUUGUCAAGGCACUCUACCAGUACAAUUAGAUUUUUUGCUAACGAUUUUUUCUCACUGUGGUUAAGGUAUUCGGAUUUGAAGAUAAUAUCAUCAAGGUUCUUCAGGUCACGCUGGGUUUUUUUUUUUUUCCUUAUAUGUUACCUACUUUUUAAAUAGAACAUGGUGUUAUUCAAGAUAAAGCAUAACUUUUAACUCUGUAUUGUAGACUUUUUUUCUCUCAUACUUUUGUCUUUGAACAAAAGUUUCCUUUAUAAAUUCGUCUUUUCUUUUGUUUCUUAAAGAGGCGUCUUUUGAUUGUUACUAACUUUAUCCUCUUUCUCAAGACCUUUUCUUCCCCAAUGAUGAAUUCACUCCCAAUCACGAAUUCAGUGAAACAUUUACCCAGAAAAGGAGGGCUUGUGCAAGUAUUGAAAUAAGAAUGUGACUCAAAACUAUCCAAAAGUUCUGACUCACAAUUUAGAUAUCUUUUUUGCAGAAUAAAGAAGUGUCACUUUCAA